GCCAUCCUUUGUACUUCUGCUCCUGCCUGCCUGGGCUAAAGUCCUUUUGCUUUCUCCAGCACUGAGCUGCAUCCUGGGUUUGUGCAGCCACCAGUCCCGUGCUGACUCUGCCCUUCAAAAAAUGCUGAUUAUAUUAAAAUAAAAAGCAGCAAAGGGAUGAACAACCCUUCCCUGCAAAGAACUGGAUUUUUGCACACCCCUCCCAUGCCUCCUCUCUCCCCUGUGCCUCAGUUUCCCCGUUGAUGUGACAGGGCUGUUGGGAGGCUGAGCCAAGCUGAGUUCCAGACUGAUUGUGUUUGCAAGGGACCUCUGGGGUGUCCUGACCCAAACCCUCCUUUAAGCAGCUUAAAUCUCAAAUUUAAGUCCAAACUCACGGUUUAAUCAGGUGUAUCCAUGUUUCCCCACUGGAAGUCGGAAUGUCCCCAGGCCUACACAAGAGACCACAAGGUCUCCAUGCCCUGUGCCUGAUCACUCUCCGGUUAAAAGCUGUCUCCUAAUAUUUAACCAGCUUUCCCCCUAGCUGCAGCUCGCACCUGCUGCCCCUUGUCCCCACUCCUGGCACCGGCAGAAGCAGCCGAGCUCCGUCUCUCCCGCAUAUCCCCAUUCCCAGGUUUGCUGCAGCCGUCUCUGCCGGCUGAGCCGCGCCACCGGCAACACCGGCGGGUGGCACUGGGGACAAGUUUGCGCCAUGGAGUACAUCAGCACACGGGGAGGCACGGGGGCCGUGGACUUCGAGGGAGCCCUUUUCUCUGGCUAUGCCCCCGAUGGGGGCCUCUUCAUGCCCCAGCACAUCCCCUCGCUGGACAGGGACACCCUGCAAAGGUGGAGCAGCCUGUCCUACCCUGAGCUGGUCAAGGAGCUGUGCUCCCUCUUCGUCCCGGCCAAGCUGGUCCCACGGAGCGCGCUCAACGAGCUGAUCGACAGGGCCUUCAGCAGAUUCAGACACAAGAAUGUUGUGCAUAUGUCCAGGCUGAAAGACGGACUGAACAUUUUGGAGCUCUGGCAUGGUGUUACGUAUGCAUUUAAGGACCUGUCCUUGUCCUGCACAGGACAGUUUUUACAGUAUUUCUUGGAGAAAAAGCAGAAGCAUGUCAAUAUUCUGGUGGGAACCUCAGGGGACACGGGGAGCUCGGCCAUCGAGAGCGUGAGAGGCCAGAAGAACGUGGACAUCUUUGUUCUGCUGCCCAAGGGGCUCUGCACCCAGAUACAGGAACUUCAGAUGACCACUGUCAUUGAAGACAACGUCCAUGUCUUUGCUGCUCGUGGGAACAGCGAUGAAAUCGAUGAGCCGAUCAAGGAACUGUUUGCUGAUGUCGAUUUUGCUGGAAAAUACAACCUGAUGAGCUUGAAUUCUGUCAAUUGGUCCAGGAUUAUGGUGCAGAUUGCCCACUACUUCUAUGCCUACUUUCAGUGCACCCCAUCCCUGGAUACCGCCCAGCUGCCAAUGGUGGAAAUUGUUGUGCCAACGGGAGGAGGAGGAAAUAUCACGGCUGGCUGCAUUGCCCAGAAAAUGGGUCUCCCAAUUCGACUUGUUACUGUGGUGAACAGCAAUGACAUCAUUCACAGGACUGUUCAACAUGGAGAUUUCUCACUGGCAGAGAGCGUGAAGGCUACGUUAGCAUCAGCCAUGGAUAUCCAGGAGCCUUACAAUGUGGAGAGGAUCCUCUGGCUGCUCUCUGGCUCUGACAGCCGCCUAAUAAAAACUCUGAUGGAGCAAUUCAACAUCUCAAAAAGGCUGAAGCUGCCAGAGGAUUUGCACAGAAAGCUCUCCAAGACUUUGGGAUCGUGCUCAGCCUCUGACCAGGACAUUGUGGGAGCCAUGCGGCGCUGCUGGGAGGAGAACCAGUACCUGCUAUGCCCCCACUCUGCCGUGGCUGCUCACUACCAUUACUCACAGCCACCCAGCAUCCCCCGGUGUUGUCUGGCUCCAGCCUCUGCAGCCAAAUUUCAGGAUGCUCUUCUCCGAGCUGGCCUGGCUCCCCAGAUCCCCCCUGAAAUCUCUGCUCUGACAGCAAUGGAGACCAGGUCCACUCCCCUGGAGCGGGGACAGGACUGGGCACAGGUGCUCCGGGGCCGGAUUGAAGCUGUGGCACAGCAGUGGGAGGCACAGGGAAGGCAACCAGCUCAAGGAAAUUAAAGGAAUGUGACUUCCAAGAUCUCAGCCCUGCAAUCAAAGUUUUUUUUCACUCUUGCUGUGGAAAACCAGGCACUGCUGUAAAUCCCCAUCCCUGUGCUGCUCUUCUGGUCAUUAUUAAUCUCCCAACUCAAGCUGUGCUGCUCAGGGAAACUGGAGCUACCAUCAGCCCCGCUGCCCUCUCCCUUUCCCAGCUUAAAAUAGACUAAAGCCCUCUAGAAAUGCAAAUAAAAGGUCAGAUACUCACGUGAUGGAAAGCAACCACCAAAUAAAAUUUCCCAUUUGCCCACAACACUGCAUGACACCUAAGCCCAAAUUUUUUCUGCCUUUAAAGGUAACUGGGCUUCACUUAUCUAAAAUGCUGCUGUUAAUCUAUAAAUACAUAGAAGGACAAUGGCUGUUCAGCUUAUGAGAUUGGUGGGGGAAGAUGCAGCUCACUCAGAGGAUGCCUUGGUCAGAGAUGGCCCACGAGAGAAAAGUUUCUGUAUUCAACAGCUGCAUACACUUUUUUUUUUUUUUUGUGAAUGGAAACAAUUAUGCAUUAGAGUAAUUUAUAACCUGAGAUGUGUAGAAUUUGUGUAAUAAAUACACAGAGAAUAUAAGACAGACACAUUGCCUGUGAGGGGAUCCUCAAUUUGGGUCAAUUUGGGGCAGUGCAGCACUUUGGUCACCCAGGGUGAUGCUCCUCAGCCUUGAUAACUCCUGACACAGUUCAUAAAACAACCGCAGCCCUUUUGGGGUCCUAUCAACCCAAGGCUGGAUUUGCUAUGGGUUUUUCUGUCUCCCUCAGCCCCAUAGCUAUGUCUGUCUUGUGAUUUUGAGGUAUCCACAGGGAGUUGGGAACACAAGAAGGGGUCUGGGACACUCUGAGACUCCUACCCUGGUGAGGGGAGCAUGGGGCUGGGAGCAUCUUUGGGGCUGUUGGUGGCAACAGCAACAGAAGUGGCUCAGAAGGGAUUUCUUCUCAAUUAUUUGCAUUUUAGAAAUGAGAAAGAGGGAGAAAUGGGAUGGGAAAAGCAGGGAAAAAAGUAAAUGUUCAGAAAUUAAAUACUUAAUUAAAAAGGAGUUUGAAUUUGUUUGAAUUGGAUCAAAAUAUUUUUUCUUUUCAGCAAACAUGAGCUUCUUUUAAGCAGAAACUGAAAAAAAAAGCCUUAAAAAAGGUAUUUUAAAGGCAAAAUUACUCACUUCUAGCCCAAAUAGUUAAAAUUAUAUUUCCGUUUUGGGAAAAAGAAGGAAAUGUGGAAAUUUUGGAAGUUCUAGGAAUAUUUAAAACACCAUAUCACAAAAAAAGAAGGUGUUUCAGGGGAGAUGAAAAGCAGAACAAGAGGGCUGGGAAAGACUAGCAAGCAGCUGCCCUCUGUGGCUCUGUCCUUGCCCUGACACCCCUGAGAUCACCCCGAGCACUUUAAGAUCACGAGAUACUGAGAACAAAGAGUUUGUGUUCUCUUUUUUGCUCUGUAGUUCCCUGCAUUUCCAGGCUCCCAAAGCUGGUUCAGCACUUUUAGGGCAG